GUUCUCCUUUUCGAAUCCCUUCAAAGUGCGGCACAUCAUCAUCUGAAGAUCAUGGGCUCCGAUGGUGCGUUGGAUGGCGAGCACGUCAAGCGUACGGCAAAAGGGGUUGAGGUUCUGACGGCUCGUUAUAUACGCCUGUGUCUCAGGAUGCCAGUGUGCGAGUCUGGAGGACAACCGCGUUGUGCGGCAACAGCGCUGGCGUGAACUCUGCGCCAAGUUCUACUACGACCAGGACGAGUCGGCCAAACGCGUUUUAGACCACUUCGAAGCGAGUAAAGUGGACGAAAUCAGGUGCGCUGGUGUACAUGAAGACGGGCACUCCAAGUUUUAGCUGUUAAUAUCUGAUGCAUUUACUUUUUGCUGCAGUAUUUCAGCAGUGGAGGAGACUGGAGCUGACGAGCAAUUCAACGAGACUGUGCAGAUGUUGGGACUGCACAAGUGCAUGGUGCCUGGCCACGAAGAGAAUUUCAAUCAGACGUGAGUGGUAUUGGCAAAUUAGCGCUUUUGAAAGGCUAAUGAAGGAGUUGGUCGUGCUUGUUGUCGCAGCAUUCAGAUGUUAGAAGUGGUGAAGAAUGAAGUACGCGCAGGAUAUCACGACCAUGUUUCAAACCAAAGGUAUUCGGAGUUUGAUACUCAAGCUAAGGAGACCCAGGGAACAAAUUUUGAAAUCUGGACGGACAGCAACGCCCGACAGCAGCUGUCGGUGCGUGUACAACACGAUUAUUUGCGCACGAUUGAAAACCACACCAAGACGAUGGAGCGUAUGGAGGUGUUCAUAGAAAAACACCUAUCCAACGUUGGUAGUCAUCCAUUCCUGGCGGGACUUCGCGCUGCUCUGCAGUGGAACCUGGAGAGCUCAACUGUUGUGGCGUGGAAACUAUCGGACGCCGUGUUCGUCGAAAGCGGCGAUUCCGAAUUCACACACAAUGCUCUGGCUCUGCUAGUGCUUGCGCUCAACUUUAGCCACUGCGAGAGUGCGGCGAGCGGUACUCCAGGCACUGCCAAGAACCCACACGUGAAGACUCGCGACUGGUAUCUGGACCCGUACAUGUCGGAUCAUGACAUUCGCCAGCUUAUCCGACUAUUCCCGUCUGCGAAGCGUCUGGAAGGGAGACCUACAGGCACUAAGAUGCUCACUAAGAUGGAUCGGACAAACGUCCACGGACAGUUAGACGAGAGCCCCAAGUUCUUCAACCGAUGGUGCGUCGUGCUGUAAAGCUCUUCAAGAUACAAGUUGAAGUGACUUUGUGUAAUCCACAUAAAUAACUUGACAUAGAGCAUAUGAAUUAAAGCAGUCGUAUCCUGGU